AGGCAGCUUCUUGUUGGUCAGCUCUGUCUGGUGAUUGGCAGUGGCUGGCCUCUGGACUUUUGUUGGAGUUGACGGUGGUAGUGCUGCUGAUGAGGCCUCCAAAUUUCGCCCAUUAUGCCUCGAUAGAGUUGCAGGAGUGGCGAGGCAGCUGCUGGAGGGGCAGAUCUGUCGGUUUAAUAGCAGGUUUUAUUGGCAUUAAACUUCUGCUAUUUGGCGCAAUCAGUAGACGCCGUAUAAUCCGUCGCUUUCGAAGUCGCCACUGGAUUGUCCAUUUAGGAACCUACGUAGGUCAUCGUAAGGCUCUUCGUCGGUCCAUUGGCUGUCAUCGUCCAUGUCCAUAUCCGGCUCAGUGUCCGAUAUAGCUACUGCUGUUUCUGUAUUGGCUGCUGGUUGUGAUGGCGGCGGGUGUGUAGGUGCUGUUGCCUGUAGUCAUCGUCCUUCCCAGCAACAGCAGCCCCAUAUCCACGCCCCCAAGCAGCAGCAGCCAUCUCAAAAGAAGCGGCCACAACACCAACCCCAACUGCAACAGCAGCAUUCAAGCGGCCGACAGGGGGCCAAACCAGCAGCACCAACACCAACACCAGCUGCAGCAGCAACGCCCAACACCCGCAGGCCCUUGUAUAGCCGACACAAUUUGGGUCGGCAGCACCAGCAGCAGCACCAGCAUCGCGGCCAUCAUUCCCAGCCACAGGCCAAGGGGCGCCAAUGCCAGCGCGAUCAACGGGUGCAGCCAACUCCAAAACGUUUCCAGACACCGAGAAAUCCCCAGCAUCAGCAGCAGCCAGCCGUCCAAUGCGAUGGCAAGUGUGUGGAAAUGCUAAAAGAGUACGCCGUUAAAAUUGAAAAUUUAGAGAAAAGACUGCAAGAACUUACCACACUAUUACAAACCUGACUGAAGCAAAGGGCAGUGGCUCAGCAGUGGCCAAUCCUCCAACACAGACACCAGCAGCAGCACCAACACAUCCAAGACCCGCCGCCAAUACACAACCUGACGCCGCAGCCGUAUCGGAGGACUCUGAUAUGGACUGCGAAGCACUCAGCGACGAUGGCGACGACAUGUGGACGGACCACGAUUCAUUUGACGACGAGAUAGCGGAGGAGAUCAUGGACGCCUACGGUAGCUUCUACUCUGACGUCUUUUGAUGAGCCCAAAAGUCGGUCCUGAGGCAGCCACUAAAAACAGAUGGAAAACAUUAACUCACAUAACCACGAAAAAUGACCAAUACGUACUCACCUGACACGCCAUCGACAGAGCUGCCCCACCAGCAGAUGCCACGACAAAUAGACCAAACUUUUGCUGCUAAUUUGACGACAUUCUUAGAAUAUAUUGACGACUCUCCUGACAAUUCACCGCCCAGGUCCAGAGCAACCACUGAAAUAAAACAAAAUGACGUCAAUUCGCAUACCAACAAAAUAUGGACAAAACUCACAAUAAUCACACGUACCUGCCACGCCUCCGACAGAUCUACCCCUCCAGCAGCUGCCCCGUCAUCAACACCACACAUUUGAUGCCAAUUGGACGACAUUUUAGGGUUUAUUGACGACGCUCCUGACAAUCCACCGCACAGGUCCAGAGCAGCCACUGUAAACAAACCAAAAAUGACGUCAAUACACACAUCAACACAAAAUGGUACAAACACACACAAAACAUACGUACCUGCCACGCCUCCGAUAGAGCUGCCUCUCCAGCAGUUGCCACACCAAAUUCACCAUCCAAUUCCUGCCAAAUGGGCUAAAUUUGAAGGCCCUAUCGCCGUCGCCAACAACAUCCAGUCCACAGGCUGCCGCUAAAAGGAGAAAAACAUCAAUACACACUUCAACACAAAAUGGUCCAAACACACACAAAACAUACGUACCUGCCACGCCUCCGAUAGAGCUGCCUCUCCAGCAGUUGCCACACCAAAUUCACCAUCCAAUUCCUGCCAAAUGGGCGAAAUUUGAAGGCCCUAUCGCCGUCGCCAACAACAUCCAGUCCACAGGCUGCCGCUAAAA